AUGGAGGACGUCGCAGCAAAGGAUUUUAAGGCUCACGGAGACCACGACGAUGGCAAUCGCAUCCACAAAAUCCGCGUCACCCUUACCUCGAUGAACCUCAAGGCCAUUGAAAAGGCCUGCAAGGAACUCAUCAAUGGUGCUAAGGAAAAGGACCUCAGGGUUAUGGGCCCCGUCAGGAUGCCGGUAAGGACCCUUAGGAUUACCACCCGCAAAUCCCCCGUCGGAGAAGGUUCCAGGCUCGCGUGUACAAACGCGUCAUCAGCCUCCACUCGUCCAGCGAGUCGGCACGUUGGAUUGCAACCUGGUCAACCUCAUGGAGAACUAUACGAUGGAUUACUACUUCUACCACCUCCUCUCUUGGCCGCAACUAACCCACGUUGCAGUAGGACCCAAUGGCAACGUCUGCGGCUAUGCCAUGGCAAAACUGUAGGGAGCGCUGACGUAGUGUAUAUCAGUUGCAGGGAGGACGACAUCGAAAGGGCGGGGCAUCUCACCUCGGUUAGCGUGCUGAGGUCUUACCGGUCGAUGGGAAUAGCGCACAAUGUUAUAAAGCAAGGGCGUGAGUUGAAAUGCACAAAGUUACAACUGCUUCCAGACACAGCCAUGGAUGCGGUCUAUUUAUGCGAGGCAGUCUAUCUAUUUGUGCGCGUUAGUAAUUGGGCUGCAUACACCAUGUACAAGCACAAGCUGGGAUACAGCGUAGACGAGGUCAUAAGAGAAUAUUUCCAAGACAAGGAGGAUGCAUUCUCUAUGAAACACGUUCUCCCACUGGGUAAGCCCGUAGGUCCUCGUCUCACACCUCCUCAGGGCGGGAACGGAAGAAGACAUCCACCAGGGCCCAAGCCGUCACAGCAUAGGCCUAAGACACCACAUAAUCUUCCGCGUAACAAAUAG